AUGUCCCCUUCAGAACCACUGGACCCAUUUUCCCCGGAACACAUCAAUCGCCCCAGCCUUGCCCCUCUACCGCCCGAAAAGAUCUGGGAUGGGUUUCAGUUCCAUCGACAUCUGGAAAGCCAACUCUUGCGGCUAGAAGAGUCCGCACUAGGACCUCUACCUGAUCUCAAAACAGACAUCUUCCAGUUGAAGUUGGAAGAUGUGUCCCUACAGGACCUGUCGCAGCCCUCGUCGACGGCCACGUCCGAUUCUGAGAGCGAUCACUUCGAGAGUCUUGACGGCGACAGUGUGCAAGAAGUAUGGGAUAAUGUUUGGACCUUGCCAGAGAUUCGGGAGAGGAAGAGGAAGGGAAGACUGCUGAAUUGGGACAAGUUUCUUGAUGAAGCUCAUCAGGAACCGGCAUCGGCAUAUCUCAGCGAGACGGAUCCGGGCGUAUUCAACUCCAUCCUCGAACCAAACAAUCGGAGUUUCCAAAAAUAUGUCAAACCAGACAUUCUAUUGAACGCCUUUUUCGAAUUGUGCAUGGGGCAAGACUCUAUCUUGUUCAGUUGGGAGGAGAAGGACGCUACAUUCGUUCCUCAGUGGCAAGCGCUUUCGGCUCGUGGAUACAGUUCGACACUGGUGCGGAAUUGCUUCGACGUCUUUUCGACAAUUGGAAGAGACACUAGGCACCUCAAAAGCUCUUUUCAUGUGUUGGAUCACAACCCUUCGCAUCUAUCAUCCGCUAGAGUAACUUUCCUGUCCGCCUCCAGGUCCGUGCUGAAUUCUGUUCACAAGUACCUCGUUGAACUGAGACCAAAUAUUGCGUCGCUGCUCCAGCUGAAAGGCAUAGUGGGAAAGGUCGAGAUGGUCAUUGCAAUGCUGAAACAAUGUGUCGACGCCGUACAACCCGAUCAAAGGGAAGACUCGGUCAUCCUCAACGUGAUGCAAAUAGUCGCUGGGCCGACUCUCGAUCAUCCUGGUCUAUCUGGACUGUUACAAAUGCUGCUCUCACGGACAUGCCGGCCAAUGCUAGCUCUUCUGAGCGAACAAAUAGGACUUAGCUCAACGCAACGAGGAAAUCCCAAAAGCGCUCUCACAGGAGGUUUGCCCCUCGAAGAAGCAACAUGGGAAUUACUGGUUGAAUCGAAGCUCUCCCGUACGAUAUCAGAGGCAAAGAAGUGCCUCCAGAUAUUGAGCAGUCACUCCCCGGACAGUUCCAUCUUUUCCGCCACUGUACUCGAAUCUUCGCCAUUGAAGGAACUCGAGGCUGGGUUCCAUCUAUCGGUUAUUUCAGAACUUCAGGCGCGAGCUGUUGCCUAUGAGGAUGCAAUGAGGUCGUUGAUCGUGUCUGCGGACUCCUCUACGUCUACAAGCUCCCUUGACACCCCUGCCUCUGAAAGCUUUGAUCUGGAAGACACACCUAGCAUGUCAGCGGACACGGCGUGUGCCUUUCGAUUACAAAUGGAUAUUUUCAAUGAUAGCGUACACCAUCUGGACGAGAGAAAGUACGACGAACUCCAAGAUCAAGUCAUCAUGUAUCUUGAAGGACACGAGUUCGAAGAUUCACCACUUCAGCUGGAUCUGCUGGCCUCACUCAAUCUAUCCGUCACUCCUCUCGUCUCUGCCCAGCACAGGUUGCUCUCCUACUCCGUGUUGCGGCUGCUCUUCGAGCAACACAAUCUGCUCGGUCAUCUCAAUCUGCAGAAGGAUCUCCACUUGCUUGGGAACGCCUUCUUCUCCUCUCGUCUCAGAACAGCUCUGUUUGACCCCGAUCAGAGCAGUGGUGAGGGCAACAGGAGGACGAGCGCCGCUACUGGCCUCCGUUUGCACGUUCGAGACACGUGGCCUCCUGCAGGCUCAGAGUUGAGAUUAGUGCUCAUGAGCAUCCUGUCAGACAGCCUCAGCCCAGCAGCCCGUGCACUAGACGACUCGAUGUCCUUUGCAAUCCGGGAUUUGCCUCUCGAGGAGCUCGAAAAGUGUCGAGACGUUGAUUCCAUAUACGCGCUUGACUUCCUUCGACUUCAAUAUGCAGCGCCCAAUGAAAUACUGGGGGCGGUCAUACCACCAGAAAUACUGCAUAAAUACGAUCGGACUUUUCAGCACCUUUUGCGUACAUUGCGAAUGCAAGCGGUCACACAAAGCAUGUUGAGAAACGCCUUCAGUCGCCAGUCACAGAAGACGUCUAACAGCGAUCUCUCGGAUCACAAAUUGAUUGUCACGAUGCAUCAUUUCAUCUCGAGUAUUGCAGAUUACUACCACAACACUGCGAUUGAACUGAACUGGAGAAAGUUACAGACAGUGCUCCACACGGCCAAGACACACCUCGACAGUCGAGACUAUAGUCAAACAUUACUUGUCGUCAGGAGUCUGGACCACCUCCGUGUAUUGCACGAGAGGACAUUAAACAAGAUCCUCGGUGCCCUCCUAUUGAAACAAAACCAAGCGGGGUUGAGGCAAGUACUGGAAGAUGUAUACAGCGUGAUACUUCGAUUCGCCGCUGAACGGCGCAAGAGCGCCGAUCAGGACGCCGGAUCAGAAGAUGCUCGAAGUCAUACUGGAAGUUCUACCACCAACGAGACCACGACGAAACGACUGCAUAAGGAGUUCAGAAGCAAAGUUGUACUCUUCAUUGAUGUUUUACGCGUUCAAGCACAAUCGAUCGAAAAAGUUCCGGGAAGGAAACAACAUGCUCAUGAACGGGAUGCUGCUGACCAUGAUGAUGAUGAUGACGACGACGACCCGGGCGUCAAUAUGUUCGAGUAUCUGCUGUUGAAAUUGGACAUGUUCGGUUACUGGACGCUGUAG